AUGAGGCCUCCAGUGCUGCUCCACGGGCCCCGUGGCAUCCACUCCCCCGAAUCCGUUUCCAUCCAUCCUGUAUGCUGUGCUCCUUGUUACCAUUCUUCUACCAAAAAACUCAACCAGCAACCAUCAACAUCCUCAAUGGAAUCAGAAUCAGUAUCACCAUCAGACGACGAUGUUUACGACUAUCUGGCGGAACCAAACGAGAACUUGAUCUGCCCAAUCUGCCGGAAUCCAUUCAUCGAUCCGGUCAUGUGUGAAUCAACCGACCACGUCUUCUGUCGAGUAUGCCUAAUCAAGUCGUUAGAGGUCUCUCCAACCUGUCCCAUCGAUCGUCUACCGCUUUCUCUUUCACUCGUCAUACCGGCCCCCAAGAUUAUCAAUAAGCUGGUCGACGAACUUCUAGUGUCUUGUCCUUUCAAGUCCAAACUCGGCUGUCCAUUUGUCUGUCAACGCGACCUCAUAGCCGCACACCUUCGCUCCCAUCAAGCUCAAAUUGAUCAUCCAGACUUUGGCUCAUCUCCUGUCUCACAGGGUCAAGAUCCACCAUUAUCGAAGGAAACUUUUGCCCAGCGGCCUUCGCUCGAUCAACAUCCAUCAACCACAUCAAAUCACCAAUUGAGAUUUCAAUGGGUCUCUGGUAGAGCUACCUUGAUAGCUAACUCGCAAGAUCAAAAUUCCACAUCUCUCGCUCAGAUGACCUCUACAGCUACCACUGCGAAAAACGAACCUGAGUUGAGCCAUUGCCCAUUCGAGAGGUUUGGAUGUUCGUUUGUGGGAACACCUGAAGUGAUCAACCAUCAGCAUUUACCAGCUGUCUCAGACUCGGCGGUUUUAUCUGAUGACUCUCGUUGCCCAUUCUUGUCCGUUCGAGAGAUUCUAAACUGGUUUGAACACUUGGAAGCGAGGAAUAUUGCAUUAAAAGAAGAACUAACGCAAUCAUUAGUCCAACGGAGUGAACUCGCAUCCGUCCUAGACAGCUUAAAGGCUAGCUUUCGUCAACUAUGGCUUUCUCAAGAAUCCGGCGAUCACCGCAUCCCUCUCAUGAAUCCCCCCACGCAUCAUCACCCACUCCCAUUCGCGCCUGGUCCACUGGCCUCGGUCUUUUCCCAUCCAGAAUACCCAGAGGAACUUCCGUCAAGCCGGCAGUCCAAUCGGUCACCAGUUGGACUGUCGCUUCCCGACCCCAGCAGUCCAACUCGAAGGUCCUCCGACAGCUUCCUUCACAUGAACAGCUCUCGUAUGAAUUAUGAUAGUCUCAACGGUCAUCGUCUCAAGCAUUUUGACCAUUAUCCGCCCGCAUGCCCCGCUCAGUUCUAUUGCGCCCUUGGAUCACCAUCCUCGUCCAAAAUGAAGAUCAGAGUCUCUACAUUCCUGCGAAGGGGCGAGGUCGUCACUCCCGCCACUGAAAGCUUUGAACAUACCCAGUCGCUUGGUGAAUCUUUGGUCGAGCCUCAAUCUCAUCAGCCAACUUGCAUCUCUUCGCAAGCCGAAGAGCCAACCAACUCUCCCACACCCACCCUUUUACCCGAGCAAACUAUCAGAUCGGAUUCUUUGUUCCCUACCUUCAACAUUCAAUCAGUUAACGAUCAUCAUCGAGAAAUUUCAAAUAACCGAUACGAUCAAUAUCAUCAAUUGUCAAAGCAAGACAGUAUUCGUCAAGCGGCUCUGCUUUCCAAGACCAGCUCUCAGACUCCACAAUCAGAAUCUACAAAUGAGCAUACAGGUCUAUUGAGCCGCAAAAUCGGCGAAUUAACUGAAGCCAUCCAAUCUUCGCUAAGGGCUUGGCAUCCCCAUGGCCCGAUUAUCUUACCCAGCGACCUUGGAGUCACCGAUCAGCCGGUCGCGGCCGAGGGAAGGGCGGCGAACGGGCGAGUUGUAACCGACUCGACGACGACCGACCGGGCCGAUGGGCCCGAUCGGAUGGGCUCAAGUGAUCAUCAUAGCGUCUUGAGCAGUUUGGAAAAGAUCGAAAAACUGAUGGGCAAUCUGAUUGAACAAGGCCUGACCAGUCAUGCGUCCAAGGAGAGCUUGUUGGAAGACCUUUCGAACAGGGCAUCCGAGCUCUCUCUCAAGUCCUCCCCCUCUUCUAGCUCCUCCUCUUCCUCCUCUUCCUCUGCUCCUCCUCCUUCCUCCAUCCACUCUCUUAAGAGACACCCUCCUUCCUCGUCCUCUCGCUCACAAUCUACUAGGUUUUCUGAGGACUUCCCAACCAACUCGGGCCCCUCUUAUUGCUCUGCUAGCUCCUGUUCUUCCUCCAUCAGACCCAUGAAACUUUAAGCACCAACACACACCAAUAUACACACAUUCAAAAACAGCUCAAAUCUGAAACAAAGUACUUCUCUCUUUCUGACUCUUUUCUUCCUUUGUAAUGUAUUUGUACUUGAUGUAUUCUUAUCAAACAGUAAAUAAACUACAUGUAUAUCUCGCUAGAUAUUUUUCUCUACUUGUAUCCUUCUCAACAAAAAAC